ACAGUGUCGAAAUCCUUUGCCCUCGUCCUCGCGGGGGGUCCGCCCGCCUGUAUGUAUAAAAAUGGUGGAAGCUCCGUCUCGCCGGAAUCGUUCCAUUUUCUCCCCCUAUAUCUGAAGCACAUACUCCACUAUCAUACGAUUCAUCGAACUGCACCUACAUACUAGUACAUACUCGACCUACUCUGCGCACUAUACUUAUAUACCGAUAUCGAUAUCGAACCAUCCAACGACAAAAUGUCGCCGCAUCAGAAGACCAAUCCCACCCACGGAAAGAAAGUAAGCUCGAAGCACACAGACGACAUCAAAGCGGAGCACGCAGGCCCGGUAGCCAAAGACUCUCUCGCGGCCGAGUCGAUGCGCUCAGGCGGGGACUUCGCCAAGGGCCCGAACUCGGCGGGGAUCUCCGGGUCCACGGGAUCGGGCAGCACAUUCGCGGCGGAUCCCCACGGCGGCGGAAAGGUUACUACGUACGACGGCAAGAAGCCGGAGUCGCGCACGGCCGAGGCCCUCGGAAAGCCCGCCGACGAUGUCAAGAGGAAGACCGGGCAGACGGGGACCUUGGGCGGAGGGAAGCAGACGCAGCAGGCGGCGUUGGGCGGCGGCAUCGGACCCCAUGGUAAGGGCACGCAGACGGAGAUGGAGCACGAUAGCGGCGCGAGGGGCUCCACGCAUAGCGCGGGCUCCCACGGGAAGCACACAAGCACUUCGGAUGCGAAGAAGAAGGGUGACGCGGGGUCGCACGCGAAAUCUCACGGCGGCGGUGGUGGUGGUGGUGCUGGUGCGGUCGGUGGUGGUGGUUCGUCACACGGCGGAAAAGAGGCGCCCUUGAACACCUCGACCAAUCCCAAUGCGUUUUCGGGAUUGGGAGUCAAGCAGACGGGGAAGGUGGGCGAGUCGGCGGAGGAUGUGGACUGGAGCAAGAUCAGCAAGGAUACGAACACGACCACGGCAAUGGGCAGUGAGGAAGAUCCGGCAAGGGAGGCUGAUUUGAACAUGCGUAAGAAGGCGAUGCAUCUCGGUGGAGACAACACCGGAGAGGAGGGAAACAGCUUUGGGGGACUGGGUGAGGAGAGCCUCGAUUGAGGGUGUAGAUGUAUGAUAAUUGUAUAAUACGUGUUACCGGAUUCGCCGGAAUUGAAUUAUUUGCCUUGUU